AUCCGUUUAUAUUUAUAAAAAUUUAUAAAAAUAAUUACAAAUUAUGUGCAAUUUUUUUUUGUAAAAUUCUGACGGUAUAUCGUCCAUCAUUAUAGUUGUGUGAUAUAAUCUUGAUUUUUAAAAAAACGAUUAAUUAUUUGCAAAAAAAUGGAUCUAACCAUUUGUCUUUUCCAAUGGCUCAAAACUUUUGAUCUAAAAGGUAAAUGUGAAAAACCACAAGAUCUUUGUGAUGGUGUAGCCAUUACUCAUGCCUUAGUUCAAAUUGCACCGGAAUAUUUUUCCACUGAAAUAUUAUCUAAAAUAGAAAAUGAAUGUGGAAACAAUUGGUUUCUUCGUGUAUCGAAUCUUCGACGUAUUUAUCUUCGUAUUGUUGAUUAUUAUGGUGAAGUUUUGGAUCGUACAGUACCAGAUAAAUUACAACCAGAUUUAGAAGCAAUAGCACGUGAUUAUAAUCUUGCUAGUUUAGGCAAAUUACUUCAAUUGAUAUUAGGUUGUGCCAUUAAUUGUGUUAAUAAAGAAAAACACAUUGAAAUUAUGACCACAUUAAGUCUGCAGGUCAAACAGGCAUUAAAAAUUGCUAUUGAUGAAUUGGAAAAUUUUGAAGAAAAUACUAAUGCUGGAAUUACAUCCAAUCAAUCGUUACAAUUUACAUCGGAUGUGAAUUUUCCUAUUGAUCGUCAACAUACGAUUGAAGAAUUUAAUCGAAUACGAGAAGAAUUAUCAAUGGUACAUGUAUUGAAAGAAAAUGCUAUGCAACGAUGUUCAGAUCUUGAAUCUACCAUUGCAAAAUUGGAAGAUGAAAAACGUAAUCUUAAACAAGAGAAUGAAAAAUUAUCGGAAAAACUAUCGAAAAAUAUUUGGGGAUCAUCAUCGAAUCAACGACCAUUUGAUUCGAUUGAAAAUGAAAAUCUAUUUCAACGAUUAAAUGGUCAAUUGAAUGCAGCUCAAUUAGAAUUAAGCCGUAUGGAAGAACAAAAAGAAGAUUAUAAAAUACAAUUAGAAAUUAAAGAAAAAGAAUAUCAAAAAAUUUUAUUACAAUUAGAUCAAUUGCAAACAAAAUUAAAUGAAUUUAAACAUGAUCGUGAUGAAUUAGAUCGACUAAAAUAUUUAAAUGAAGAAAUUAUUAAAUGUAAAAAUAUUAAUGAAAUACAAAAGAAAAAAUUAGAAGAAUAUCAUGAAUAUAAAAAACAAAUGAAAAUUAUUGAAGAACGUAAUGCAUCAUUAAUCAAACAGAUUUGUGAAUUAGAAGAGGAUAAAAAAUCAAUAUCUGUUUAUAAAAAUCAAUUAGAUUUAAUAAAAAAACAACGUGAUGAAUUACGAGCAAAAGUAAAUGAAGAAACAUUUCGUGCCGAUAAAAUAGAAGAUGAAUUAAAACGUAUAUAUAAAAAAUAUAAUGAUAUUGUACAGGAAAAAGAAAAAAUGCAACUAGAAAUGGAAAAAAUUCGUACGGAAAUCACACAAUUACAACGAAAUAAUGAUUCCGGUUUGAUGAAUGGUCCAAGUAUUGAUAUGGAUUUAUCAACAAUUACGGCAACAAAUUCUUCAAACCAUUUAUACAAUACAAGAAAUAAUUUAAUAUCAAAUGUGAAUAAUAAUAAUAAUAAUAAUAAUGAUAGAAAAAAUUUGGCAAAUGAAAAUGAAAAAAUUAUUCGUUUAGAAUAUGAAAAUGAAAAACUAAGAAAAGAAUUGAAAAAUUCUAAUGAUGAACGUAUACGUUUACUUGAAUCACAACUUGAUGAUGAAAAAAAUAGAGUCGCCAAAUUGGAAAAAGAAAAUCGUUUAAAUUCACAGAAAAUUAUUGAAUUAGAAGGACGUUUAAAAGAAUUACCCGAUUUAAUGAUUGAAAUGGAUAAUGGUAAUGGCGGUAGUAAUACGAAUGCACAAUAUAAAUCCAAAUUAAAAGAAUUACAAAUUGAAAAUAAUAAUUUGAAAACAAUGUUAGAGAAAAAGAAUGAAGAAAUAGCCGAACGUGAAGAACGAUUUAAAAAACAUUUAAAUAAAGCAAAAGAAACAUAUGGUAUACUGGAAACACAUAUGAUUAAUGCAAAAAUAUCCAGUACAUCAUUACCAUUAGAUGCUGGUGCUGGUGUGGGCACUUCAUCAUCAACAAAAGGACCUGAUGAUGUUGAAUAUUGGCGUCAUCAAUGUCAUGAAAAAGAUAUUGAAUUGGAAAAAAUUCGUCAAGAUUUUGAACAAAAGAAUGCAUUCCGUGAUAUUGAAGAACGAUUAAUGUCGGUCAGUUUUCAUACAAUGACAUUCAAUCUACAACGAAAAGCAGCCGAAGAUCGUAUAUAUUCGAAUAAUUUUCCAUCAAAUACAACAUUCCUAUCGAGACAACGACAGGCUAGUUCAAGAAAAUUUAUUAUUCCAUCCAGACAUUGGUUUCAAAGAUCACCGAAUUAACCCAGGAUUUUUUUUCAUCUUCAUCAUCAUCAUUCAUUAAUCCUGAUUCAUAAAAUUAGUGCAAUCAUAUUCAUUGCACAGAA